CCGCACUUGUACCCAUCAAAAUGUCGAGUUUUAAUCCAGCAUUUCAGUCCUUCAUUGAUAAUUCUUUCAUUGGCGCAAUCCUGGGGUCUAUGCUGUAUGGGUCGUAUGUCUCAUUAGCGCUAUGCAACCUGUACUUCCUGUUUCGCAGAGGAUCGCGCAUCCUGCCAAUCUAUACGGCAACUUUACUCUGUAUCACCACUGCUUAUAUUGGCGUUACGAUGAACUAUGCGCAGAAACAGCUCAUCGAUCAGCCACUCACCCACGAUCCCAUCUCUGUCUGGCCUCAAGUUCUGAGGGAUGUGCUGUAUUCUAUCAAUACUUGGCUCACGGAUGCAUAUCUGCUCCAUCGUUGCUUUAUCGUUUGGAACGGUCAUUUCCAGUUCCCAGUAUUGUUCUUCCCCAUGCUCGUAUACCUUGGAUCGGUGGCUACAUCCAUCACGCUUCUCGUAUUCACCGCAGCUCCAGGAGCGACGUACAGUACUCGAUUAGUGCAAGUUUUCGGAAUUUCGAAUUGGAGCCUUUCUCUCGCUCUCAACGUGAUCGUAACGAUCCUCAUUGCGGGCCGUCUCCUAUGGCAUCGAUCGCGGGUUCGUUCUGUUCUCGGACACAAUCACGGACAGAUUUAUACGGAUAUACUCGUCAUCUCUAUUGAGAGCGCUGCCCUAUAUGCUGUGUUUGAGUUAUUGGUGCUGGCUACAUUCGUAACGAAUAACCCGACGGAAUCUACUUUUUUCGCAAUCGAGGGAAUCAUUCAGGUAAUCGCUCCUAAUCUUAUAAUAUUCCGAGUGGCAAGGGGCAAAUCCUUCAUCACGGAGUGCUCGGCCAAACAGACCGUAUCAAACAUGGUAUUUUCAACGUUCGAGGCUCGGCGGACUGCGUCUGUUAGCUCCGGGUCACGAACAGAACGAUCAGGGCACGAGAAGAAACAGAGCAAUGUAUUCCAAAACACAGAUCAUGCUAUGGAGGUGUAACAUACUUAUGGUAAAGGGAAAUACUUCUUUUCAGGAAAUUGGUGGACGGUCUUGUAAUUUUAAGAUUUGUUGUAACGAAAAUUUGUACUAUGAUUCUGAAUCGACAUAGCACGAAAAGCCGAGAGAUGCAUCUAAUUGUGCCGAAUAAUC